CAGCCGUAAUGCAAGAAUCGAUUUCCGGGCUCUAGUGUAAGAUGGAUUUGACUGACUGACUUUACACGUCGUCGCGUUUACACACACUUCACACGCUGUUGCUUGAUUGCUUAAUUGACGCGUUGUUCCGCGGCAAAAGCAACACACAAACCCGAGAUUUGGAAUCCAACACUUUCAUGAUCCAUCAUCUUUGAAUGCAGUUGUCGAUGCUGAUCGGGAAGAGCCUCUGCAUCAUAUAGAGCUCACUCAAACUACUGACACACCAUCAUGUUCGGCGAUCUGGGGCUGAAGCUAGUACAAGAAGCACGGGCAGCGGAGAUCAAUCAAACAUUACCGCCUUACAAUGAUGAAUUGGUUCGAUUGGUGAUGCUAGAAACACGACAAUUACAGACACACAUAAGUGGGUUAUUGCAAGAAGCGGGAGGCGUACAAGCAGCCGAAACCGAGGAAAGCUUGGCUGGUCAACUAAUCACCCAUCAUGCUGCCGCACAAAGAAACAAAAGAUGUUUGUUGGCUUAUCAUAAUGUUCGUUUGCAAUAUCUUCAAUCCAUCCUAUGGUCAAAAGGUGGUAGCUUGGAACUCACACUGAAUCACUCGAUUGAAUCCCCGGCCCGGCUGAUGGCACAUGAAGCAGACAAGACAACGCUCAAAUCUCGUUGUAGUAUGGCAGAAUUAGCAUUCGUUCGACAAUAUGCAGAUUUAAAUCGAGCAUACAAGAGUGAAUUUUUGGACGUGGUUGAUGUUUCUGCAAGUUUGGGUAGAAGUACAAAAACGGAUGAUAUUGGACCGAUAAAAGAAUUAAUGGUUUCAAUCGUUUCACAUGUUGAUGCAAAAGACGUUCAAACGGAAAGAGGAAGUAUCAGCUUGCGCAGGGGAGAAAGAAUGCGAAUACUGAGAAGUGAAGUUGAUGCUUUGAUCAUGAGAGGGUGGGUAAGCGUUUUGGACGAGUAGAGGAAAUUACGGAAGAUCGAUACUUCAUCCCCUCUUUGGAAAUUGUACACUAUAUGCAAGCAACAUUGUA